ACUCUGCUCAAUUUUUCUGCUGGUUCAUAUUUGACACUGCUUCACCUUGGGUGUUCAACGGUUUUUCGAUGCCGCUGUUUAAGAAUUUUCGCAGCAGCGCAAAGGUCGUAGACCAAGCGGUCAAUCUGGACCCGCACACCUGGUCAUUGCCAUCGUCAUACAAACCCUCUCAGGCAGAUGGCAAACAAACAACAAUUCCUGACCCAAGAGUAUUCUCAAACGUGUUUUCGAUUCCCUGCGAAACUGAAGCACAAAGCAUCGAGAAUCUCUUGGCAUAUCCUGACGCGAGCCAUGCUGCUGUCCAUCUGGCUCUGCUCGAGUGUUUUCGCAACCUGAGGGCUAGCGCGGGGGCCCUUGACGUCGAGGUCAUCCAACCACCUUCAUAUUAUGACACCAAGAGUCCAGUUCCGGCGUCACCUUCAGGGCCUACGCAGCUUCCCGCAUCUCAAAAAUGGGAUCUUCUCAUAAAACUCGCCGUUACACGAUUUACAACCUGGUGGUCUGGCAUUGAGUUAUUACUGAACCAUGCGAACGCCUACUCGCACCAUGGUGGCAGCCGUGCUGCUCUUCAGCUCACGAAAGACUAUCUGCCACCGUUGGACAUACUCCUCGUGUGGUACGCACUUAUGCUGAGCCCGGAGGCUUAUGAUGCUGCUUGUGAAGCUCAGGGUGUCAAUGCUACGCGCUUGAAAAACAUUUGCUUCCCUUGGCCUGCCAUUCGCGAUGUCAUCGAUAUGAAUAAGAUGCAGCUUGUACUUCCUCGAUCUGCGCAGAAGCUGUUCACUAAUAUAUCGUCUCAACCAUGUGACAUUCUUGAUUAUAUCCAGAGUCCCCCGGCAUAUACUGACUCGGGAAAAGUGCGUAUUGAGACGGAUUUAUUCAGCGAAGUCAAGAGGCAUGAAGAUAUCAUUGAGGAAUCCCAUAAGCUUCUGUGGAUACGCUCACCAGCUUUGCAAGGGUCUCUUAUCCGAGCGGGCCUGGAGUAUUUGGACUUUCACUUGAGGGAGCCCAAUGCAGUUGAAGAAGAGAUAGUUUGUCAUCAGUCCUUCGGAGUUAGGAUUUUCUGGAGGACACAUCGGCUGUUUCCAAGACAGUACAAGGCGUUCUUGAAAGAGAUCGGGGACCAACACCCCGAGCCUACAGAUGAUCCUAAACGAGAUGCAAAAAUUCUUUUCGACCUCGAAGGCCCGUCCUUCACGCAAGAACACUGCCAUUGCUGGAUCUGCGAGCGCAUUCGCGAUGAUCUCCCAGAAUUCGUCUACACAAAACUUCCACCAACGGCAUCCUCCUCUUCUGCAAGCUUGAGUACCAUGCAGAAACAAAUCUCUUCAUUAUCUGCCGAGAGUCUACUGCAGAUACAAGAUGACCUUGGCUUCUGCCUCGCAGUUGAAGACGCUCGCAGGUGCGGGGUGCCGUUGCCAACUCGACCACCAACAACUGAAGAGAAGGAGGCUGAUAAGAUUGCCAAACAGAAACAAAAGGAGCUUGGAUAUAGGCCUGGGUUGAAUGAGUAUGUUGAAGUGUUGCCUGAUGGGAGACGCAAGAUCCGGACGCAUAAGUAUGCAAGUGGAAUGUGGGGUACGACUUGGGCUUGAUCUUUAUUAGCAGACAUUUGUAUCAGUUAUAUUGAAAAGGAGCAAAACCAAGCCAUUUCAUAGUAAGAAGAUUUUUAGGUGGUCACGUACGGUU